AAGACUUACAAAUCAUUAAUAUUUUCAAUUAACAAUGGAGUACAUUUGCCAGGAAUUAAGCAUUCCAAGAAAACAAAUUAAAGAAACUAACACGAAAAAUCGUUUUAAAUGCAUAGUGCAUAAAAAUUUCCUAAAAGUCUUAGUUAAAAGUAAGAAAAUUGUAAAUGCUCGCACAUAUCCUGGUGCGAUUGACGAAUGGCCACAAACAAAAGACUUAGGAUCUAAUUGGGAACAAGUUUAUCUUGUGGCUCACAAAAAGUUAAAUCAUAAAGUGAUUCCAUUACAAAAAUUUAAAAGUGAUGCAAGUGAUAAUGAAUUGCCAUUGACUUACUCCCAGCAAUUAUAUCAAGUUCAACAAACGAAUCACAAAAUUCUUUGGAAAAAUGCAAAUAAAAAAUAUUCUGGUGAGUACCAACAGCAGAAUGAAUCAACUGGAAAUAAUGGCAAGCAAUUUGUUGAUAGCGCUUUGGUUCCAUACGAGAUUGCACUGCGUGAAGUCAUCACACGAAUGUAUGGAUGUCCAAUUAUUCACUAUAAACUUGAUAGAAUAAAGAAUGACUCAAUUUCUGAUGAUAUAACAUUCAACUGUCAUUUUGAUGUAGAAAUGCACCAUAUAAAUCUGUAUCCAUUACUUGGUGCAGUUGAGUCAAAUUCACAUUUUUAUUUGAUUUACCAAAAUGUCAUAGAAAACACCUUAUUGGAUUGUGUGAGCUAUUCUCCAGGAGUUCUAGAAAAAAGUUAUAACAAAAAUAUGUUUAUUAUUUAUCAAAUAAUAAAUCUCCAGAAGUCAACACAUGAUAAAGGAUUGGUGAUAGGCGAAAUUAAUUUAAGUGAUAUUUAUUUAACAGAAAAUUGUUUACUUCGUAUUAUACCAAAAUUAGAGUCGAACCUAAUCAAAUAUGAGCAUUGUGAAAGCACUGAAAAUGAAAGCUUUGAAUCGACAUCCAUUCAACUCCUCUCAAAUCCAGAAUUAUCACUAAAAGAUUAUUGUCAAAUGUGGUGCACAGGUCAAUUAUCAAACUUUGAUUAUUUAACAAUUUUAAACAAUUAUGCUGGGCGUAAAAUUGAUUCGCCUGAUUAUCAUCACAUAAUGCCAUGGGUAACAGACUUCUCUUCGAAAAACGGUAAUUGGAGAGAUUUAACAAAGACAAAGUAUCGAUUGACAAAAGGUGAUGCUCAACUAGAUAUAACAUACCAACAUAUUAAAAAUAGUGCUGAAAAUUCAACAACUCCACAUCAUGUAUCAGAUGUUUUGUCUGAAAUUACUUUUUAUGUCUACAUGGCUAGAAAAACACCAAAAAGUGUAUUAUGUCGACACGUCCGUCCAAAAUUUGUUGCCGCUGAAUAUCCUGCAAGCAUAAAAAGACUUCAAGAGUGGACUCCUGAUGAAUGUAUUCCUGAAUUUUUCAAUGAUCCAUCCGUUUUCAAAUCUAUAAAUGAAGAUUUGCCUGAUCUAGAAGUACCAGUUUGGUCAUCAUGUCCCGAAGAUUUUAUUGUUAAACACCGAGAAGCAUUAGAAUCUCAAUAUGUGUCUGAAAAUCUCCAUCAUUGGAUAGAUUUAACUUUUGGGUAUAAAUUAAGUGGCAAAGCAGCAGUAAAAGCAAAAAAUGUUGUACUAACUCUUGUAGAUGAUCAUCAGAAACUAUGUCAACGUGGAGUGGUACAGCUAUUUACAUCCCAUCAUCCACCAAAGCAAUUUAAAAAUCCAUGGUUCCAAAAAAAUCCACCUCGAAUAAGUUCAUCUGAGUUGAGGAAAAGAUUAACAAGAAGCACGGAUGAUUUAUCAAUGGAUAAUUAUUAUGCUAUGGAAAGUACCACAUCUAAUACUCCUCCAACAAGAUUGUCUUCCAGCCCACGAAGAUCUUCUUACUUGCCCUAUCAAUCUGAAUCAAUUGAACGAUCACCAAGUUACCAUGCAAGUGCUCCACGUGGCUUACAAAGUCUAAUUGCAUUACCAUCUAAUUACAAUCCACUACAUCAGUUAAAAGCUGUUGAAAAUAUGGGAAAUUUCAUCUCAAAAACCUUUUAUGAAAAACCAUCGACAAAACCAAAAAAGAUAAAACAAAAUUCCUUGGAUUAUCCGCUAACUUCAUCAUUCCAGAAUUAUUUAUUUCAAAAUUAUGAGCAAGAAUCUGACAAUGCUUUCACAAAUAUGAUGUUCUUGGAAACAUACGAAGCAUCAUUAAAAGAUAGCAAAAUGUAUCAGAACUUUAAACAGAGAAAACAACAAGCAUUAAAUUCAAAGAAACACUUCAAACAGCUUAUGCAAGAAAAUAAAGUAAAGGAGUUGAAAAUAAUUGGAUGUAUCAUAAUUGAAUUAUUCAUGAGCAGAAAAUUGAGACCCUUACUGAAACAAAAUCAAUUAUUUGAAGAACGGUUUGAAGCAUGUAAACUGCUGCUUAAAAAUGAUGAACAUCAAAUUCCUGACUGUGUAAUAUGUCCAAUAAAAUUAUUAUUUGGAAUGGAAACUGGUGACGAUACCCAAAUAACAAUUUUGGGUCUACCACCACCUUCUGCUGGACAAUUGCUUCAACCUAUGCUCUCUAAUAUUUUAAUACCUUUUCCUGAUAACUUUUUCAAAAUUUAUGCAGCCAUAAAAUCACUAUCACAAUUUGAAUCGUCCGUAAAAAUGCUGGAACUUUAUUCUUCAUAUGACUGCGAUGGUAAAAACUGUGAAAAAUUUGAGACUCAAGACAAGGCACGCGUUGGAAUUCAUAGGAAAAUUGCUGAAUGUAAAGUAAAAGCAUUUUCAGUUUUGAGUGAAGGAUUAUUGGAACCAUCAGGAUUUGAACGACUUCAUGUUGUUGAAAUUUUCCUUCCACAUAUUAUUGAUAUGUUUCAAAAUGAAGAAACUGGUAUUUUAUCAGCUUGGUAUUUAUUUGAUAAUUUUGCAACUGCUAUUGGGAUUGAAAACACAAAGAAAUAUCUACUUACUCCAAUUUUGGGGCUUUACGAUGUACAUUAUGAUGACAGAGCAAACUUUUUCAAUUCAAGUUACGAUUCAACUAUAAGAUAUACAGCGACAUCAUUCCGCAGCAAGAAAGCUGUCAAGUUGUAUCAUCAUAGCUUUUUAUUAAAACUCAUUGUAAGGUUCGGUUUAAAAUGUUUUCUCGACAAUUUCAUUUCAAUGUUGAUAGAGGCAGCAGGUGGCGCAAAAGAUUCUGAAAUUGAAUUUCCGUAUCACAUUCAUGACUCGUCACAAACUGAAAAUCAAAUGUCAUCGAAAGAUUUUCAAGCAUAUUCUAAUGACUCAGCAGCAGAGGGCUCUCCAACAUUAGUUUCUCCGGGGUCAAAUGAUGAUGAGGAUGAUAAAACAAUGGCUUCAAAACUAGUACAAGAUGAGAUGUUUGAGUUUGAUAAUGACGAUACUCAAACAGCUGAUACUGAUGCAGCACUCGCAAAAAUUAUUGAUCAAUUCGACAUCAAGUCUGAAACUGGUUCAAUUGACAUGAAAAUGGGUCUUUCGGAAGCUGACGAAGCAGAAGAACUUUCUGAGGAAACAAAUAAUAAUGAUCAAAAUCGUUUUUCAUUGGGAGGCGAAAAGUUAAAACUAAAUCCAAAGAAAAUUGAUAGUCUUGAUCCAAAAUCACCAACAAUUCCAAUACCUUCAAGUGUUUACAAAAGAGGAAUCAGUGUCGCUUCAAUUGGUUGUGAAAUUGGAAGCCGCAAAAGUAAUGAUUCAUUUGAUAUUCUUUCAAAAACACCUUUGGAUCGAGAUGAAUCAGUUAAAAGUAAGAUUGAAGAUGCAAUAGAUGAUAAAAUUGAAAUAAAAUCAUGGCGAGGUCGUUCAAGAACACGCCAAUCAAGAUCAACAAGAAUUUCUGAAAUGAGUACAGAAAGUCUCUUGUGGCUUUCACACCGACUUGGGCCUGUUUUGACGGCACGUUAUGUGACGAAAAAUCUUUUGAAAAUGCUAACACUCUGUUAUGUUUCACAAGAAAACCUUUUACCAAGCACAAAUGCAAAUUUACCACAGAAUAUUGGCUUUUUUUCGGUUGCUGAUGGUCAAGUUGUCGGUGAUGAAAAUGCAACAAAAGUUCUCGAUUGCUUGACAGCAAUAUCAGCAUUGUUUGGUGAACAUUUCAUAUUAUGUCAAUAUUUACCUCAUGUUACCGAGCUUAUUGCUCUUUGCAAGAAGAAAAUAACAACAACUCUUGAAGGUGGACUUAUCAGUUGCAUACAAUUAAUUAAAUUUGUUAUUCCAUGUUUGAGUGAUGCAACAAUUAUGGAACAAAUGCAAGAUAAUAUUUUAAAAAAUAUUAUCAAGCCAGUAAUUCGGUUGUUAAAUUCUACGCACUUUGCAAUGCCUAGUGGAUUUUUGGCUCGUGGAGUGUUGGCUAGAAAAUUGAUAGAUUUAUUUUAUGUGCUGACUCUAAGAAUAGGAACCGAAAUUGCUCGAGAACAUUUGUGCAUUCCACAUCUUCAAAGAUUUUUCUUAAUUUUUGAUAAGGCUUACGGUUUUGAUGAUCCAAAUGAUUCGAAUCCUGAAGAAUUGCGUGAAAAAGGACUUGAAGAAUUGAAAGAAGUUUUUACACCAUCAUUAGCUCAUGCUGUUUACUUACCAUUUGUAAGACAGUUUGGUGAAAAUACUAUGAAACAAACUGUUAAGAAUCUCAUGUUAGUGCUUAAUUUAUGCCAUGAGCAUGAAGUGCCAAACUAUGCAACUGAUACCGAAUCAAUAAAAGUUCAAGAAACAUCGUAUCUUACUUCAGACCAUGUUGAUUCGCCACAUAGUUUUGGUACGAAUGUUUCAAUUGUUGGAAAUAGACUUGAUUAUCAAAAUAAUGAACAAAAGAUUAAUGAUCAGUCUAAUAUGAUCGAUCAAGUUGCUUAUAAGUUACAGAAUGUGACAUCAAAUCGCCAGUUAAAAGGAAAUUGGCUUGCUUACUGGACAAAUGAAAUCGGAAGGCAUGAAAAGGAUCAAAGCUUUAACCUUAAGCAAAUUAAACUCCAAACAUUCUCAGGACAUACAAAUUCAGUUCGAGGAAUUUUAUGCCUUGAUAACGAAAAUUCUUUUAUGUCAGCAUCAAAAGAUAAAACUGUCAAGCUUUGGUCAUUGAGGAGCGAAGGUGAUGGAUCAAAGAUAUCACCAUGCCAAUUUACAUACACUGGUCAUCGAAAAUCUGUCCAUUCUCUUGCCUUUUUAGAGUCAAUGAGAUUAGCUGUGUCAUGCGAUUCAGGAGUUCAUUUGUGGGAUCCAUUUGUCGGUGCUCAAAUCAAUCAAAUUGAAGGUCAAAAAUAUACACCAAUAAGCAUUGUACGAACAUUCCCUGGUCCCAGUAGCCUAAUUCUUGCUGGAACAGCUGAUUCAACAAUAAAGGUCAUAGACUCACGAAUCGCUGAUUAUGUGCUUGAAUGGAAACUUAAUAAUACUCCGUCUGGCUCAGUAAGAUGUUUAACAAUUGCACCAAGUGGAAGUUGGAUUGCUGUUGGACUUUCAGCAGGACAAAUAGUUAUGUUAGAUGGAAAGACAGGAAUAAUUCAAGCAUCUUGGAAAGCGAGUGAAGGUGAAUUAUUACAAAUGCAAGCACCAAACGAUGUUGAGCUUAUCACAUCGAGCCUUGAUAACUCAAUAAGUGUAUGGAAUGCGCAAAGCGGUUCAUUAAUGUAUAAUCUACGGAGUCCAGCAGAGCCAGCGCAUUGUUUGCGAAUUAAUAAUGAUGAAUUAAUAGUCGGCACACCAGCAAAUCGAAUAGGAGCUUAUAACUUAAUGCAACAUGAUCAUCCAUUUAGUUUUACAAAAUUAAGGUCAGAGGCUUUCAGCAAAGGCGUCCUAACAACAUUUUCAUUACUACCACUUAAUAGACUUUUACUAGCAGGCAAUGAUAGUGGAAAUAUAGUCUUACUGUGUUAAGUUUUAUGUUCAAGUGAUAUGGAAUAUUAAAAAUAUUUUCUUUUUUUAUGUUUAGAAUCUCAAUGAAAAUGAAUUUAUGAUAUUUAUUUAGAUUUAGACAAAAUGUAGAUGUUUGCAUGUACCAUUCGAGUGCUUCAAGAAGUAAAAUGCGUUCUGACAUUUUCGCGCUGCCGUUUGAUCAGAAGAAACCUAAAACAUAUGUUUAAAAUUUACAUUUGCAAUAGUGUUUUAAAAUGUUUAAAUAAUAAAUUGCUUUAUUUUAUACCUAAAAUUGACGCUGAUUGAGAAUAGAUUUAAAUUUCUAUCUCAAACGAACUAAACAAUCGGAGUUCAUGAAAACUUAUUCAGACUUAUAUGUAG